CUCAAGCUGCCAGUCUAGAAACCGACACGGUGCCACAAUGAGUGGCCUUUCAGAUGUUCGGGUGGUGCCCGCGUGUUGUUUGUGCCUCGGGCUAUGUCUUCUGGUGUUUGCCAUGAUUGCAGUGCCUGUCUCCUUCAAGUCGAUGGAGCAGGGAAGACAAGCUGUGACGCUGAAUUGGAUGAGCCAACAAGUCAGCAACGAGGUAAAGACUGAGCCGGGCGUCAGCUUCGUUGGCUUUGGGAACUAUUUCAUUGAGUUCCCGGCGACCUACCAGGCCGUCUAUUUCAUUCAGGACGGUCGAGGUGUGAAUCCGGUUCCCGUUCCUGACUUGUUCACCCCUGUGGUGAAGGGCCCCAUUCGGGCACGAUCUGCUGAUGGCUUGGAGAUGCUGAUUUCCAUCUCAUUUCAGUGGAGAUUAAAGCCAGAAGCAUUGAAGGGGCUUUUUACCAUCCUUGGUGACAACCUCUACAAGGAUGAAUUUGUCCGGUUUGCUCGAGCAGCUGUGGUCGAAGCCUGCUCCUUCUACACCGCAGAGCAAUACUUUACGCAACGUGCAGUCAUCACCGCAAAGAUGCUGGAGGUGAUGCAGGCGAACUUCAAUAAACCCCAGGAUGACUUGAUGCUGGAGAUCACAGGGCUCCAACUGCGGGAGGUUGAUCUACCUGAUGACUUCGAUGAUGAAAUUGCGAAUACACAAGAGCAGAUGCAGGAGGUGGAAGUUGGCAAGGCAGAACGGCAGGAGCAAAUCAUUAUCAAAGAGGCCGCGAUAGAAGUAGCCAUGCAAAAGGUGGAAGAGAUCAUUAAAGGAGCCAAAGGGCAAGCCGCUCGAGUGCAAAUCCAGAACGAGGCAACGAUUAAGCAGCUCAUGCUAGUUCAACAGAGGCAAGCCGAGGCAAAUGCUGCCAUUUUGCAGCAAUUUGCCAACGAUACGUUGCCUUUCGACAGGCUUUUCAAAGUGAUGGAAAUCAGAGCACUUGAUGAUCACGCUCCGGACAAGCUCACAGUCAGUUUGUGAGGGGAGGAGUGUAUUUUGCUGUUCACCACCCGUGUGAUGGUAUGGCAGUUGUGCGGUGCAGAGGGCAGUGAAAUGAACAUAGAAUUUG